AUGGCUCCUCAUCCUCAGAAGUUCCUGCCCUUCCCAGACUUCAUGGAGGAGGAUCCAGGCCACGGAGCAGGCACACUGAAGAGGACCAUCAGGAAGCUCCUUCAGGCCUCGAAUCCAACCCCAUCCACCCCGUCCACCCCAUUCUCUCCUCUAAAACUCACUGAGAAUGGGAAGACCUGCAUCCUCUUCUGGGCAAAGAAGCUGAUUGUGAAACUAAAAAACCACACCCACGUGGACCUGACUGACCGGGUAUUCAGCCCCAGCGCCAGUGUAGACCUCAAGGGAUCAAGUUGCAGUGAGGAGAAAGCAACGCUCUCUCUAAGAUUCGGGGAUGUGGCGGAUCUGAAGGAGCUGGUAAUAAGGUUUCUCCUGUCCAACACUUACUAUGAGUCGACUGCUCAGAACUGGUUCAGCCUGGACUCUGUUCACAUCCUCUAUAACAGGACAAAGGAAGCCAGCUUCAACGCCACACAGAUAUACGCGCCCGCCAUGUCCUCCUACCACUGCCAGCAUGUCAGCAGCCUGCACAAGUACGACACGCUGCUGAAGCCCAGCUCCCACGGAGACGGCUCUUUGCUGUGGCACAUCACCUUCAUCGACUUCCAGAUUCAAGCCUUCAAUGUGGAGGGGGGCCGGUUCUCCCCAGCCAGUGACUGUGCUUCGUUCUUCACCCCGGCCAUUCUCAUAGGGCUGGUCAUGUCUCUGAUCCUGCUGCUGGUGCUGGCCUACGCGCUGCACAUGGUGCUGCACCUGAAAUCCAUCGAGCAGCACGACGAGCACAGGCCCUCCGUCUACCUGGAGGGCGAGGCCGAGAGCGAGCCUGGAGACAAGAGCCACGCUGGCCAGUGAAGAGGACGUUAUCAAAACACCAGCUCCAUCUCUUUAUGAUGUUUGCAAUCAUUCUGAGUGG